UGUGUGUGGGGAGCCGGUGGGGGCUGUGACGUGCGAGGGGAUAGCUGUCAGGCUCUGUGGGAGGGGAUGGCUGUGAGCCUGUCAGUGUGGGCCGAGGGCCUCCCCUCCCCGCCGCUCUGUGCCUGCGCGGUGGGCUUGCGCUGGGGUAUUUACGGUAAGGUGGACGCGGCGGCUGUGGCAGCUCCGUGUCAGGUGAUCUGAGCUGAGGAGCCGCCUGGAGCCGGAGAGGAAAAUGCAAGAUGGCCCGACGGGGCCGUGAGGGGCUCCCCGCUGCCCCGUUCCCGCCCGGACCCCGGCUGCGCAGGGCCAGCGGCGAGCGCUGAGGCCAGCUCUGCCGCGCUAGAGACCGUCCCCGAGAGGGGCUCCGAGCCAUGGGGCUCUGCUACAGUCUGCGCCCGCGGCUCUUUGGGGACCCCGGCGGAGGCGGCUCCAUCUCCAGCGUCGCCUCGGAGCCCGAGCAGCCCGCAGAGCACACGGCUCCCCCCCAGCAGCCGCUCGGGGUCCCGCGAGGAGGCAGCUGCUGCGGGCAGCCGGGAGCCGGGGGCUCGCUCCACCCUGCAGACAAGCCCGGGGGAGAGGCGGACGGGCCGCCGCCGCUGCUGCUGCAGAACGGAGGCGGCAACGGGGCGGCCCCGGAGCGGCAGCCGCUCCCCAAGCCCGGCGGCGGCAAACAGCACCGGCAGCCGCCUCAGCCGGCCGCGCUGCAGAGACCCUGGGAGAAGCUGCGCCUGGAGGAGCGGGAGGCGGAGAAGGAGGCGAGGAAAGUCAGCAAGAGCAUCGACCGGGCGCUGAAGGAGCAGAAGCGGGAGUACAAGCAAACGCACCGGCUGCUGCUGCUGGGCUGUGGUGGCAUUGGAAGAUGUGAAACUACGGGAGAUUCCUGAGUGGAAAACAGAAGUUACUUAAAGUCUCUGGUAGAAAUCUUGGUGUCAUGGAGCUCUUUUAUCUCUUGGUACAUGAUGGGCAAAUUAAUGAGGUGCAAGGAGGUCCUGCCCAGAUACCUCAUUGAAUUUUUGGAGUUCCUGCUGACUUAUGCAACACUACCAGGAGUGGACCAAAAUUCAAGGUGCUAAACUAGGAUGCACCAGCGUAGAACCACUGCAAAAGUGCCACUGCAGUCCCCUCCCUUUCCCCUUGUGGUAGCCAGAUGCUGGACUGGUAGUACUAAGGGACUCUGCAAAUGUUCUGGCCUUAAUACCAUCAGAGUUCAUGUAGUGAACUUAAUAUCUAGGCUGCCUCUAAAAACACUUAAUGCUAGAACCAGUGUAAGGAAAAAGCACUGCUAUAUAUUUAUACAAGUAUGCU